AUGGAUCGCAACGGGAUGAAGAUGAACCACGGGCUGGGAUGCAAUCCGUGGGAUAAGGAUACUUUGGAUAUAGCUGGGAGUGGUUCCGAAACAAGGGAAGAGAUGGCUUUGUUCGUGGACAUGAAGGAAUCAAAGGAGAGAGGAGAUGGGAACAGCAUAGGGGGCAAGAAGAGGACGGCUAAGGUGAUGAAGAUAGACGGGACUACGUUCCGUCCCAAGCCCCCGACCCAGGCCGGGGACGUUCUCCGGGAUCACCCGGGAUACACCCUUCUCGAGUCCGAGGAGGUCAAGCGGCUGGGCCUUCGGGCUCGGCCGCUCGAACCCGAGACUCCCCUCAAGCCGGGGAGGCUCUACUUCCUCGUAGAGCUUCCCUGUCGCCCGGACCUGCGCGUCCCUCGGCGCGCCUGGUCCGGGGCGCUCCAUAUGAGCGCCAAGGAGCGGCUGGAGAGCCUCGUGCUCUCCCGCCGCUCCGUCUCCGACCUCACUCCCACCAAGCCAUCUUCGGUGGAGGCCGUUACCGACGGCAUGGUCCGCCUCCGCGUGAGGCUGCCAAAGUCUCAGGUGGCAAAGCUCAUGGAGGAGAGCAAGGAUUGCGCUGAGGCUGCCGAGAAGAUCAUGGAGUUCUGCGUCUCUAAAGACAGCAACACGGCGAAGGCGGCGGCGGCUGUACCGCCGUCUGCGAAGACUCGGCGGAAGGAGAAGCGAACCAGGUUUGUGGCCCUGCCGGAUGAGAUCAUUACCUAAUUUUCCAUCCACGCGGUUGAAAUUCUACAGCUUUUUGAUGCUGGUCAAUAUUGGGAGCCAAGACCAAGGAGCAGCUGAAUCAUAGAAUUCCUCCUCUUUUUUCCUCCAAGAAUUGCGAGUUGAACAUGAGAAGCUGUUCAUGGCUUCCUAUCCCCCCGGCAAUUCUUUCUUAUCUUUUUUUUUUCCUUUCUUUUUUUCUUUUUUUUUUUUGUGAAACGGGCAAAUAGAAUUGUUGAUUGGAAAGGGGCUUGGAAGCUGGAAUCCCGUGUGAUAGGAGUCAUGGUCUCGUUUCCAUAUGCCUGUUCAAGGGGUCUCGCUUUCCCUGCAAUGUGUAUAAUAUUGCCUUACCUUUUCCAAAAUAUAUACUAUAUACUCUCAGGGAUCUUUGGGAA